CAUCUGCUUGCCUCGCUCUCGCCAUCACUCCCCCCCACCCACUCCUCCCACCCGUGGCGGUCCCAUGACACGCUCACAGGUGGGCCCGCCCACCCCCUUUCCAGACGUCGACGCGCGCGUCCACCAGAGCAUCGCCCUCUGGGCAAGCGACCUCCGCCAGCUCUUCGACGACGCAAGGGACCGCUUCCCCGACGUGUCUUGGGAAACCGAUGCCGGCGACCGUGUAUGGGCACACAAGGCUAUCGUCUACGUCCGCGCUCCUAAAGCCUUCAAGGAUCGCUACUUCAUCACAGGGGCCAAAAGCAUCACACUCGCCCGCUCGCCCACGAGCCUCAGCGGGCCCUCCUCCACACCCUACCUCCUAUCCGCCAGCUCAGCGCGCGGCUCCCCCUCACCACAUAUAUGGCGCGGAGCGGCCUCGUCGCUCUCCGUCGAUACUGCAGCCAGCGAUGGCACGCUCCGCGCACCAACAGUCAGCAUCGCGGGCUCGAGCGCGGACGGUGUACUGCGCUUGCGGCACGAGGAUGCGCCCGAGCUUUUCCGAGCCCAGCUCGAGUGGCUGUACACGGGCGAGGGCUUUGGCGAUGUUGUCGAGUGGAUCUCGGGCGAGCGCGACGGCAACUCGAGCACGAGCUUGCGCGAUAGCUUGGGGCGCCGCGGCGACGCGUCAGAGCGCCGUGACAAGCUCGGCCAGGACCUCACGUACAUGUGGACCAGCAAGCUGUACUGCGACGUGCGUAUCCACCUCGCUGCACCAGACGGCGAGGGGUACGACUCGGACAGCUCGGGGGCUUCAGAUGACAGCCUUGCUGCUACGGUUAUUUUCACCGCCCACCGUUUCAUGCUUGUCAGCCGGUCACGCUACUUCGCUUCGCUGUUCCUCAACGAAGACUUCCGUCCAUCCACAGCCGACGUCCACCUGCCAACACCACCCUUCACCCCUGCCGCACUCCACUUCUGCCUCGGGUGGAUGUAUGCGGGUCAUCUCGACUUCUCGAACCGCUCGUACGACCUCCUCACCGCCUUCCAAAUAUACCGCGCCGCAGAAUACCUCCAGCUCGACUGCCUUGUUCAGGAGAUCGAGUCACGCAUCGUUCACGACUUCUGUCACGGCCUCGAUUACGACCGGUGUCACUGCCGACGCUGCCUCAGCCGCGUCCCACGAGUAUGGCGUUUCGCUGGCGCCAGCGACAUAGGCGCUCUCGAGCUGCAGCGCCGCGCUCGCCGCUUUGUUCUCCGCGGGUGGGGCGAGACGUGGGGCCGCGAGAUCGCGAUGGCUGACAAGGCCGAGCGCGAUGAUCUCGUGCGGGACGUGGUCGCCAGCAUGACGCCGUCGAGCGUGGUUGGCGCUUUCCGCGGCAUCGCUCAAAUCCGGCGCCGCAUCGACCACUCCACAUCAACACGGGGGAAAGACACGAGCGGCUGGGUCGACGCAGUCCACGAGAUGAUUGAGCCGAUCCAGCAGCGUGCGAGAGAUCUCCUCCUGUCCAACUUUCCGCAGGUGUGCGAGUCCAAGGAGCUCUGGGCACUGUUUUCCGGCAAGGGCUUCAGUGACGAGGUGCUCGACUCGUUCCUGCGCGAGGUUGUCGAGAUGACGGGCCGGUCGCCAACAUACGUGUCUGCGCCAGCCGUUUAUGAGACGAUCAUGACAGCGCUUUUGCGCAAGGUCGACCCGACAUCGCUAGAGGCUGUACUGCCGACGCGUUCCGCUAAUCGGCACAAGGUCGAGGUGGCCAGGGACACAACUCUCAAGCACAUCAAGAAGCGCUGGAUGGCGAUCCAGAGCGAGGGGGGCUUCAGUACGCUCAAACCCCGCACUCUUCAGGAGAUUGCUGAAGCUAUCGAUGUGCCAGCCAAGGAGUUGGCCGCGACCCCGCAGGUGCCGUUCCCUCGCGCGCGCGAGAACGGGUUUCCGCGCACUCAGUCACGGGCUCAUGGCCUCGGCGAGCGAGCACGACAGACAUCUGCGCGCAACUCUGUCCUGUCCGACACGGCCACAGAACCGAACGGGCUCAGACGGCUUCGUCUUUCUUCCUCGGCAUCCGUGAGCAGUUCGACCUCGACGUCGGCGCGGGCACCAACCUUGCAGAGACCGGCACCGACUGGUCCCCAAGCUCGCUCCCCGACGGCAGCCGAGAAAACGCCCAUCGUGACAGUUGGGUCCAAGCGCGGCGUGCGCUCGGGCCAGAACUCCCCCACUCCCAGUCGACAGGGGCAGGUGAUGAGCGGCCCUCCCCGCCCGCUUCUAACGGGCGUUGGGCGCGUCACGCGGCCAGGCAGUGGGAGCACGCCGUCCUCGCCAGCCAUCUCAUCCCCCCUUUCACCCACUCCGAGAGCCGAGUCGCCGGCGCCUCUCCGUCUUCCCACAUCACACUCUCGCACCCCAUCCUCGUCCCAACCCAUCCACACGCGCACCCCAUCAUCACAACCCUCACACUCACGCAACCCCUCCACCACAUCCCAACCAUCCACCCCCACAUCCCCUACCCACAGUAUACGCACCCAGCCCUCGAUCGCGUCAGUACGUUCGGCCACGUCACGCACAUCGCGAGCAGCAGCAGCGACAACGUCCAAAGCGCGCAUGCCCACUGCCACGACCAGUUCAGCCACCAAGGCAGCUCCAAAACCGAGCGGAACCAAACCGGUGCGCAGCGAGAACAGCGCCGCUAAGUCGGCAGCCGUUUCUACGCUGCGUGCAAGGACGGCUUCGACCGCAAGCAAGGCUGAAGCGAAGCCUUCGAGCCGCGUGAGCGACGCGGCCAAGCCGGCGCGCCCACUAGCAGCGACGAGCCGGUUGAGUGACGCGACGGCCGCAGCGCGCCAAAGGACCCUCUCCAGUGCUUCCAAAGCGCCAGACCUGAAGCCUGCGACUGCUGCAACACGGACACGUACUGUUUCCUCCGCGCGGCCGUCGGAAACGGACAAGCUUGCCACCGCCACUGCAUCCCCCACCACCCGCCCUCGGACUGAGUCGAGCGCGAGCCGCGUGCCGCCAACCGAGACGAAGCCGAUUUCGACAGCACGGACACGGACCGUCUCCACAGCGAGUCGGGCCCCUGCUGAGCCGAAAACUACGCCGACGACCCGCACGCGGACGCUGUCUACAGCAAGCCGCACCACCUCAGCGGGGCCAAGUAACGGACCUGGAACGACUGCGGCGGGCACGGCUGCGUCACGGCAACGCACAAUGUCGACGACGAGUACGCGUUCCCGCGCGCCGAGCAUGUCCUCGCUCGCGCCGAGUGUCGGGACCGUUACGAGCCGCGCCUCUGCGGCGUCAGUUGCGAGCGCCACACCCAAGCCUCGCGCAUCUACAAGCUCGAUACGGACGACGCCGAGCUCCACAAAAAUGCCACCAGUGCCCAAGGUGACGAGUAAGGCUGCGGUGACGGGGGCGACGAAAGCUGCUACACCAGUGUCUAAGGCUGCAACACCUGCAAGGGCGACACCAACUCCCAGGACGGCGCCGAGCACUGCCGAAGCUAAGGCGUCCACGAGCACGACCAAGUCUGCGUCGACAUUGGCGGCCAAAACCCCAUCCACCUCUUCGUCAGCGACUGCGGCGACAGCCAGCUCAUCGAGACCUCCCGCCCUCAAGACGUCGGCGUCGACUAGGUCUCUCGCGUCGCGCUCGUCUGCAGGCGCACGCUCCUCGCCCGUGCCCAGGACGCCUACGACAGCGGGCAAGACUGUCACGCCAAGCGCCUCCUCUUCGCGGCUCACUGCCACUCCGCGCAGUCGCGCAACCUCUCUCAAUGCGCAGGCCACGCCUCCACCGCGCCAGCGAACCUCCUCCACGCAUACGCCGUGGAAGCGCGCCACGCCCCUCCCUCCCUCUGUCGCUGGUGUCGCGGGCCAGCGUGCCCCGCGCCAGCGCCCCUCCAUGCGCUCCCUUUCGGGCAGCACCGAAGGCCCACCAGAAGCCGUCACACCGCGUGUGAGCGAUGCGACAGAGCCCAUCCUGGUGCUGGACGAGGACGCCGAGCUGGCCUUUGAGCGGCGUGAACUGCGCGAGCGCACGCCCUCAGGUUCGGAGGACAAGAUCCCUCCCGUGCCGCCUGUCCCGGAGAGCCUGCGGCGGCGGUCUAUGGCCGAGGUCGUGGUCGAGGUCAGCGUGCCUGAAGAGGACGAGGAGGAGGAAGGCGUCGCCAUCCUUAAGGUCAUGGAGGAGGCGCCGAGCGAUUCCGAGGGCGAACGGGCGAGCAACUACCAGCCGAGCGAGCGGAGCUACGAGGAGUCGGCGCGGGAUAGCUUGUACGAGGACUCUGUGUCCGCUGCGCCAUCCGUGGUGUCGAGGAACUCUGUUGUGGACACGGCUAUCUCUGAGCACUCGGACCAGUCUGAGGAGUGCCUCGAUGACGGUGAUGACCGCUCCGUUGACGAGUAUGUCGCCGAGCAACCAGUUGCAGAUGGCCAGGACGCCACGGACUCGAUUACAGGCGACAUCUCUGUGGAUGAAGUUGACGCCUCGGGCCUCUCUACGGAAACAGACAGCCAGUGCGCGGAGACUCCUCUGCGUCCGCAAACGCCCUUGGUCCGCGCUCUCUCGCCACUUGACAGCACACCCACGGCUAGAGAGAGAGGUAGAGAGACCACUGUAACAGAGCCGCCGCUCAUGUUGCGAAGAGACUCGGAAGAGCGCACGGCCAAGACGCCUACACCAGCUUCGCCCUUCCCGUCAACACGCACAGCCACACCGACAGCCUCGGCGCCUCAGCCCCUUGCGUCGCACGUCGUCCACCCGCCUCCGUCCUCCUUUGCUCCAGCGCCGGUGCUCCGCUCCCCCGUGUCAGCCGAUGCGCUGCGGCCUGCAUCGGGGCACUUGCGCUCACCCGCGUCGACGGACCAGCUCCGUCCCGCGCUCCGUUCCUCUCCCGCCAGCGCGCGCUCCCCCCUCCCAAUUCCGGGAGCGCGCCCGCCAGCAUCUUCGCCCGGCGGCAGUGCAACCUCGCCGCCGUCACCGCCGCGCUACCUUUCUGCAAACGCGCGCUCCCCGCGCUCCUCGUACUCAUCAAGCCCGAUGAGCGUCAUUUCCCGCGUUGCCAGCGAGAGUGGCUCGCUCCGCUCGCUCAACAGUGGCUGGCACCCCGCGCACGCCUUCGACCCGCCAAAGAAGGCUGCGCCCGCCCCGCUCCCGCCGCCUCCACUCCCAGAGCCCGAGGACGACGGAUCCGAGCCGUACACUGGCCCCGGCGUGGCGCUGCACGUCGGCAUCCCCGCGCUCGUGACGCGCGGCCGCCGCCGCUUCUUCGCCAACGUAAAGUACUUGGGCACACUAGCAUCCAAACCUGGCGCAUGGGUCGGCGUCGAGCUCGAGGAUCGCGAGAAGGGCUUUGACACGCUUCCCGCGCCCGUAAUCGACGGCCUCCGCUAUUUCCACUUCACACCGCCGCUCGUUGAGGACAAGGCCGAGAAGGCGGAACGCGCGCGGCGCAUCGCGCUGAUAGCCGACGAGCUGGCGCGGCGCUCUGCGGGCGAGUCGCCGCGCGCCCGUCCCCGCGCGCCCAACCAGCUCGGGCUCGGCGGGCUGGGUCUCGGCAUCGGCGGCGUUGCGCGCGCCGCGAGCCCGUUUGCCAUGCCGAACGGUGCGGGGCCGGAACACCCGCGCGCCAUGUUUGUGCGUCCGGCGCAGGUGCUGUUCGUGAUGGGGAGCGAGUAGUGUAUGCAUCUGGUUUUGUGACG